AUGUCCUACACCGAGCAGGACCUGGCGCGGCUGGAUGGCCCGCUGCGGCUGGUCUGGCAGGCGUCGCACGCGCCGCUGGCUCGGUCCGCGGCGCCGGGCGACUCGUCCGGCACCACGGCCGCCCUGCAGCCGCGUCUCAGCCGCCGGGCCGUCGAGCUGGUCGACAUCCCGAUCGUCGUCGAUCUGCUGAUCGACUGGACCGCCGGGGCCGGGGCCGAGUACUGUGCGCAGCUGGCGCCGCCGCUCCCCGGCCCGGCAGCCCUGUCCCUGCGCUUUUUGGCCUUCCUGCUGCUCGGGCUUGCGCGCAUCCACGAGCGCCGGUCCUUGAUUUUGCUGCGCGACAGCCGGGGGUUCCUCCGGCGGAUGCGCCUGGCGGCGGCGCGCUUGGCAGCCGAGUCGGCGGCGGCCGCGGCCGCGGCCACCGCCGCCGCCGCGGCCGCCGCCUCCACAGCCGCGGCCACCGCCGCCGCGGGCCCGGACUCGGGCGGCGGCGUCGCCCCGCUGGGCGGCCCCCCCGGCGGGGCGGCCCUCCCCGCCCCGAGCAUCUCGCUGCAGGACUUCCUCAGCCCGCGCGCCGGGCGCGACGUGACGGUCCCCGACUCGCGGCGCUUGCUUCCCACCGCGCCCGGCGGCCCGGCCGCCACCAUGGCGGAUGACCGCUGGCCCGGCCAGCUCGGCCUCGGCCUCGGCCCCGGCGACCCGGGCCCACUCCUCCCGGACACUAGAGGGGGCGCGGGCAGGGGACAAUGA